CUAUAUAAAUCCAAAGCAUGUGAAACAGAAACAGAAUAAUCACUUUUCAGUCAGAGUGAGUUCAGUGGCAGACAUCGAGUGAAGUGCUUUGAAAAUGAGGAAUGUGGACCCAAAAACGAUGCAGCAAUCAAACGCCAAGUUUCAAUACCUCGCCGCAGGUUUUGUGAAUCUGUUGAGCGUUGGAUAUGGAGUCACCUGUGGCUGGGCAAGCCCCAACAUAAUUCUGUUAACAACCAACGAAACGCCGCUGCCAUCUGGAAAAAUCACAAUGGACGAAGCAUCAUGGAUCGCAUCACUUUUGUGCGUCGGUGGUUUGAUUGGAAAUAUAUUUUUCGGUUAUAUCACCAACCGAUUCGGUCGAAAGUUACCAUUGAUUUUCAUUUCAAUUCCAACCGUGAUAAGCUGGCUGCUGAUUUUAUUUGCGCAAAACGUAUACUACUUGUUUGCUUCGAGAUUACUCAAUGGUUUCGUGGGCGGUUGCGUGUUUUGUUGUUGUCCAUUGUAUUUGAAUGAAAUUGCAUGUGAUCGUGUUCGAGGCACAUUGGGUUCCACUUUGGUAUUAAUCGCAAAUAUGGGAAUACUUUUGGCUUUUGUUCUGGGAAAUUUCUGUAAUUUUUACACAACGCCAAAAGUAAUCAUCGCUUUGACGAUAGUAUUCGAAAUUUCGUUUUGCUUUUUCCCUGAGUCGCCGAAAUUCCUUUUGAAACAGAACCGCAUUUCCGAUACGGAGAAAUCGAUCUCGUUCUAUCAAAACAUAAGCACAACAGACAAAGAAGCCCUUCAGUUCGAAAUGGAUAAAUUGAGAAAUGCUCUAAGUGGCACCAAAAAUGACGGCUCUUCGAACCAAGAAUCAAGUUGGACCGAUUUCAUAACCGAACGGAUAGCACGAAAAGCCAUCACGAUCGGAAUCGUUUUAGCUUCACUGAAUCAGUUCUGUGGCUGUUUUGCCAUGUUGCAAUACACUGCGAAUAUUUUCCAAGAAGCUGGCUCAAGCAUGUCCCCAAACAUGUCCACAAUUAUCGUGGCAGUGAUUCAAUUUUUGGGCUCAUACGUGGCUACCAAUUUAGUUGAUCGAGCUGGAAGAAAGUUUUUGUUUAUUGUGUCCACCGUUGGAACGGCGAUGGGCCUCAUCACUAUGGAAGUUUACAUGAUGUUAAAAACGUGGGGCUAUGACGUUGAAUCAUACAGUUGGAUUCCAAUUGCAAGCUUUUCAUUUGUGAUUUUCAUUGCAAAUUGGGCCGUGUUAACGUUGCCAUUUCCAGUAAUCGCGGAACUAAUGCCCGAAAAUUUGAAAGAUUUCGGCGUGUCAUUUUGUAUGACACUGUUGUGGUCUUGUGCCUUUAUAAUCAUCAAAUAUCUUCCAACGCUAACUGAAACAUUGGGUUUCCACGGGUGCAUGUUUUUGUUUGCUGGUGUUUGUUAUCGAGUGCAGUGUUCAUCAUUAUAUUUAUGCCAGAGACAAAGGGAAAGAAGCGAAUCAUUGGAACAAAUUGAAGAUCAGGAAUGUGAUCAAGAUGCACUGCUAUCGACACUUGGACCCCUUGACAUUUCUGAACAAUCGAAUGAAGAGGAUGAAGGUCUUGAUGAUGACGAUAAAGCAAAGUUGAAAUUACAGCCUCAGAUUGAAUUUAUUGUAGAUGAAAUCAAAAUGGAGAACGAUUUGUUCUUGGAAAUGCUUGAAGUGUACAUCAAUUCGAUUUUGUAUGUUCGCGAAGUGUAUCCGGCUGCAAUAUUCACGCGGCGUCGUGUGUACGACGAAAAUGAGGACAAAAAAGAAUUAGACAUCGAAUUGUACAUCAUACAGUUUGAAGAGGAGCUGCGUCGUGGACUUAUUCAACUUGAACAAAUGGCCAAGAAUUUGAAACGUUUAAACACCGACUGUUGCGGCUUUCGCAUUCACCUCGAAACCACCGAUUCGUCUUACGUUGAUAUCGUUAACAAGGAAAAUUCAAAAUCAGAGACAACAUUGGCUGCCUGUUAUCUUGGUAAAUUCGAUAGUUUCACCGAAGACUACCAGAGUGACAGUGAUAGUAGUGCAUCAGUAUCAUCUUCGGAGAGCGAUCACAGUGACAACUACAGCGACUACAAUGACGAAUGCGAUGAUAUAUCUCCCACACCGCUGCUCCUAUUUACGUUAUCAACGAUUGGAGCAGCUUCAGGCUUCAUAGUAUUGGCCUUAUUUGUCUUGGUGGAAUCGCAUGGCGUGGAUGUUGAAGGAUUUAGGUGGAUACCGCUUGUAGGCUUCUCAAUUGCUAUAUUCUCGUCAUCAUUGGCCAUUCUGAAUCUGCCGUACGUUAUCAUAUCGGAAAUUAUGCCCGAACAUAUCAAAGACUUUGCCAUCUCGUUCUCUUUGAGUGUGUUGUGGGCCUCCACAUUUAUCGUUGUAAAAUUUUUACCCCAUUUGACUGAGACAAUUGGUUUUCCUGCCACAAUGUUCAUAUUUGCUUUAAUGUGUGUGCUCGGCGGAAUUUUUGUUGUUUUUUUUGUCCCCGAAACAAAAGGUAAAAGUUACGAGGAAAUUAUGAGUUCACUGCGCGAAAUGUGA